AAACUUGGGAACCGUGGGUGCUGUUGCCUUGGACCGCAAAGGAAACGUAGCUUAUGCAACCUCCACAGGCGGUAUCAUUAAUAAAAUGGUUGGCCGAGUUGGGGACACACCGUGUAUAGGAUCAGGAGGUUAUGCUGACAACGACAUUGGAGCCAUUUCAACCACAGGGCACGGGGAAAGCAUCCUGAAGGUGAAUCUGGCCAGACUCACUCUCUUCCACAUAGAACAAGGAAAGACAUUAGAAGAGGCUGCUGACCUGUCAUUGGGUUAUAUGAAGUCAAGGCUCAAAGGUCUAGGUGGCCUCAUCUUGGUGAGCAAAACAGGAGACUGGGUGGUAAAGUGGACCUCUGCCUCCAUGCCUUGGGCAGCUGCGAAGGACGGCAAGCUGCACUCUGGAAUUGAUCUUGAUGAAACCACUGUCACAGACCUGCCCUAAGCUUCUGUCAGAUUGUAUUCUAGAUGCUAGCCUGGAGGUGCAGUACAGCUUCCUGGCAUGGAGACAUAGCUUACUCAAUUAGAUCUAGAAUGGAAAAAUUAUAGUCUGUCACUCAUUUUGUUGCCUUCAUCAAUAAGUAUCUGAAUGUUCGGCUGAGGGGCAGGUUCUGAAGUGAUGAGAAAAACUCCCGUGUUAAUAUCAGAAGAAGACUAGUGAGGAUGACAGCCACUAGCCAGCCUUUCUGUGGCACAGCCUCAUCAUGAUAGGUUAGAGAGCUGCCUCAGUCAGGGAGGGCCUUUUGGAAUUGGGAGCUGGGGCUUGAAAAGUGGAGGAUUUGAAAGUGAGACCUGAGCAGCAGCAGAGGAGCUGUGGGCAAGGCCCAGGCAGCCUACAAAUGUGGCAGGGUUUGUUUUGAGUCACAAGAACAUCAGGUAAAAGAAUGAAAAUCCUUUAAGCAAUGUUCUUCAUGUAUGAGAGGAUAAACUGAUUUUUCUAGGAAAGUUCAGAUCUUCUUUGACUUACUAAUAUAUGCGUGUUUCCAGAUACUUUCAAAGGACCCUCUGGUAACUCAUGGCUCCCUAACCUGGAGACAGAGGGUCAGAAUGGAUUCUGUGGGAUUCCUUGAAGUCUGAGGGGUUUUUUGGGUUCACAGAUGAGCCCCCUUACUUAGUGUUCUCUUACGAGCCAGCACAGUGGGCAGAGCCGGCCUCUGCCUGCCACAGACUCUCUGGUCCUCGUACAGAGAGUAACGGGGCUCAUGGUUUCUCCAGCAACAGGGUGUCGCCAAGCGAUGUAGAGAAGACACCAUGACUUCAGGGGCUCUCAUACUGUCCAGUGCUCUGGGACACACCAUGCCACGCCCCUCUCCCCCUCCCCCCAAAUUGGGUGUUGUACAAUGUGGUCAACAUGGUGGAGAAAGUAACUUCCUUGGUGGAGAGUAUUCCUACUGAUCUCUCAUGACACUGGAAAUGUUAUUUCUGCUGUGACAUACUGCUUGAUUUUUUAAUCUGUCAGGGCUUUCCUUCUCUGUGGAUAUUGCUUCACUUUACAUUCCGUGUGCCACUAAUGUAUUUGCAAGAAUAACAGUGUGGUUAGGAGUCACUGCUGACAAAGACUAGAAUGUACACGAGCUCUCCCCUUGGUCUCCCAAUUCAGACAGGUUACUAGAUAAAGAGGACUUUUCA